UGCGCUUUUUGUUGUCUUUGCCGCCACCGCCACAGUUUUCGCGCGUUAAUGACGAAGUUCGCGCGAAAAAGCAGGCAAGUUGUUGCGUUGUGACACUCUACUUUGGCGGGAUUCUGCACUACAGGCGCAAAAUGUCAUUGAUGAAGCAAACUGCUCUUACGCGCUAUUAUAGCGCGAAGAAACAAGGCCCUGCGUUGAAGAACAAACGGACCACGUUCGGAGGCAGCAUCGACACUUUGCGAACACCUAAGACGGUGCCUCAUGAGCUGAUCGCUGCCAAUUCAGAGCCAUAUGCCAGCUUGCCUCACAAGAGAAGACGCAUAGAGGCUGCUGAAAAAACGCCGGUGUCGUCGAAGCAAGGUGACUGCUUGCCUCUUCGGCGACCCCCUACGUCCGUUCGCAAGCGCCUACUCCUUCAUGAAGAUGUUGACGGGGCCGACAUCACGAAAACUGGCCCUACCCUGCCGUCGUCGCAGCUUGAAGAGACGGAGAAAAAGCCUGGCACACCGUUGAAGCCGGCGCCUGACAAAUCUGAGAGCCUGAAGAGCGCUGUGAUGAAAAAGCUUAUGGCGUCCGGCAAACUGCUAGAGCUACAGGAUAGGCUGAAAGCUAUCGACAGCGCGCAGACUGCUCUUAACAAAGUGCAGGCAGCGAAGAAAACCCAAGACGAAGCCGGUAAAAGUCCUGCAUAUGAACGCUUUCACCACCUUACAGAGCCACAGCCCGGCCUCAUCCUUCCGUACAGUUACAAAGAACUUUUCGAAAUAUUUCGGUGCUGUGACACAAUCGUUAGUAUGUUAUUCAACAGGAAGGAAGUUUGCACGUUUGACAAACUGAAACGCUCUGUUGAGGAGAUGUCAAAGAAAAGCUUCAGCAAGGACAAGCUCGGCCAGAUAACAACAAUCUUCCCAGAUGCAUACAUUUUAAGUCAAGAGAAAUUGCAGCAGCGAGGACUCGCCGACAGCGGCUAUCAUCUGGUAGUGACACCGCGUUUGCCCCCAGAAAGCUCAAAGAUGCUCACUGCGACCCAACUUCUGCACCGUAGAAAGCAAUUUCACUCCCUUCUAUUGUCAUCUGUAAAAAAACACCAUGAGAAGUUUCUUCAGAGCUUGGACCCACCUGUCAGUAUUGCCGCGGGUGCUUUAACCCGCUGGCAUCCAAAGUUUCCUUUGGAUAGUGUACCGAUGGUUUGUCCAGCACCUCUGCCAGAGUCGCCCCUGAAAAAAUCCUUCACCUCAGCGCAGGAUGUGCUGGACAAAGUCAAAGGCAGGCUUGGUGAGCGCAUUGAAAAAGCAUUGCUGAGCUUGAAUGCAGACCAGCAGGCAACUAUUACUGCACCGCCGUCUCAGAGCAACAGUAAGGCUGGGACAUGUUUGAAAGGCAUAUCUGAGGAUCUUCUUGCCCGAAUUCGUGAGCGAGAGUCAUUCAAACUUGUGAAAGAAAUGACACUUCGACCAGAGGAUGAAAAAGAGCGAGCUGAACUGGCUAAACUUCCAGAGUUCAUCAGAAUCACUCGGUCCCUCUUCCUUGCUGAGCAGAAGGCAGCUAUACCAAAGGAUGACCUUGUGCAGAAGAUCAAAGAAAGUUUUUCAUCCAUUCAGGAAGUGGCUGAAGUCGAGUCCCUUAUUGUUCUUGCUUCAAAAGUGCUCCCUGAUUGGUUUAAGGUACUAACCAUCCGGCGUGGCACAUAUGUAAAAAUUGUGAAGGAGACUGAUAUUAAUGGUCUCGUUACUCGUGUAACUAACAAGCUGCAGCAGUGAAGCUGGCAUGGGUAUUUCACACCACUGUUUUUAAUCAACUCUUAUUCGUGUACCGCCGUGUGAGCAAAUGGCAUCUUUUUAUCUUAUACUGCAAAAUAUGCCACAUUUUAUCAAUGUCAUGCAUCAUAUAUACAUGUCAUGCAUUUCAUUGAGCUGCUUUUAGUGCCUUUCACUUUUUCAUGCUUUUUGAAUCACGUUUUUGCAUAUUUUGAAAAUUUUAUACAAUACUUUACACUUUUCAUAUGGCUUUUAAUACCACAUAGGUGUGCCAGUUUUUUUGGGGAAACGUGCACAUUGUGUGUCGUAUACUUGCACUUUAUUGUGACUGCUCAUGCUUGUACUUUAUAUCAGUUCAUGCCCAUAGUUUUUUGAAGUCAAAUAAAGCACACAAUUUUGAUAAUCAGAAGACACAUUCUCUGCUUUGGGUAAAUCCACUCAAUGUGAUCAGUAAUCCAGAAUUGUAGAUAUGUACUGCCCUUAUUUUGAAAUACAGAAUGGUAGUUUGCUAUAAUGAUAUUUUGCCACCAUUCUCAAAAGCUAAAAUGGUAUUGUAUAAACGACAUAAUGCUCUGUGGAAAAGCCCACUUGUGGAAUUAUAGCUAGUGAAAGAUUUUUUCGUGACCUAUUUGUCUUGUGUGCAUGGCCUGUUUUCAUGGUAGCUUUAUCGCUAAUUGCAGGUUCUCGCCAUGCUAAACAAGUAGCUGUUUCAUCUAUAUGUUUCGGCUUCUCUUUCACUUGCUCGUGAAGCCAUGAGAUGUAAAAAAAAAGAAACUGCAUUAUUCACUGAAAUUAUAUGUUUUGUUAAGCUGA